CAUCGAUUUCCUAAUGUGCAUACUUACAUUACUAUGUACACUGACCUUAUAAAUGAUUUUUUUCCGUUUUAUUUUCUAACUAUUUUCUUCUAAAUUUACAGAUAUGAGAAAAAUAUUCUCCUUUGAACUAUUUCACUUGGGUGGUAAUGAAGUGAAUACAGAUUGGUAUCCAUGGCUCUCUUCUUGACUUAAAAUCUCUAAUCUGCAAAUCAAAGUCCUAACAAUCAUUUUUAAUAUUAGUACAAUCUAAGUUUGUUGCUGUAGUCUAUAGACUAUAGUUAUUGUGUGGAAAUGUGUAACGAUGUUCGCGGCUUCAUAACAAUCAAAAUGAUAAUAAUCAUAAUAAUAAAGAGAAAUUUGUCUAGUGCAAGUUAUAAGAAAUUUUGUAUCAAUGCUAAUAUAUAAGAAAUCACUGUUUAUCUUGACAGAUUGUUGUAUCAAUGCUAUUAUAGACUGUUUAUUUUGGCCCAGUCCUCAAAUGACUCAAUCCUAAAGUAUAUGAAUUAUUUCUAUAGGUUGGACUCCGGGGUCUGCCCGAAGGUUGUUUCAAAAGGCUUGAGGUGUAUUUUCAGUAACCAGGGUGUAUGAUAUAUUGACCAUGUAGAUGUACCUUGGAAUGUUGUAUAUAACGCCAACCCACUAGAAGGAAUACAUGAAGCUUCUGAACAAAAACUUGUGCUUUGAGGAGAAGUUUGCAUGUGGGGUGAGGUAGCUGAUACAUCCGAUGUUCAGCAAACAAUAUGGCCUCGAGCUGCAGCAGCCGCAGUGGGUCCUUUCAUGAUAGUCAAAAUCGCGAUCCUACUCGUAGUAUCGUACGAUUUUGCGAUUUUGAUGGACUUGGGCGAUCCUGUGAAGGAAAAAAAAUCGUAUUUAAGUAGGAACGGUGAGAUCGUAGUGCAAAAACGAUUGGAUCGGUGGGAUCGGCGGGAUCGGCGUUCCUGUUGCUGCAGUUCUAAAACAUCUGAAGCUUCAACCAUGGGUGUUGAUGGUGAUAACGUGUUUCUUGGGUUCCCUCAAACGAAACUAACGAUGGUGAUUUGAAAGGUCAUUUUAGGAAGAACAUAUGAUCUUUUUAUGAGAAGCAUAAAAAGUUAAGGUUCAACCAUGGGUUGGUGUUGCUGCUACAAAACAUUACUCAUCAUUGUUUACACAUUCUUCAUUUCUCAAUCAUUCGCAGCCAGAUUCUCACAACCACAGCCUUCACUUCCUUUCAUUUGGCCUCUCCCUGCUAAAUUUUCAUUCCGUAAUGAAACUCUUUCUGUUGAUCCAACACUUUCCCUCAUCGGAAACGGUGCUAGUUCGCCCAUUGUCAAAGCCGGUUUUGAUAGAUUCAGAGGGAUAGUGUUCAGUAACAACGGUUUUGUUAGAACAGGCAAAGCUGUUUACGAUGUUAACAAGUUGAAUGUCGUUGUUCAUAACAAAACUGAAGAGCUUCAACUUGGAGUAGAUGAAAGCUAUAAUUUGUUAGUUACAAAAGCAACUGGUUCUGGUAAAGUGACCAUUGAGGCAAAUACUGUUUUUGGUGCAUUGCGUGGAUUAGAGACGUUCAGCCAAUUAUGUUCUUUUGAUUAUUCAACGAAAACAGUACAAAUAUUAAAGGCACCUUGGUCCAUCCAAGACAAACCAAGAUUUUCUUUUCGCGGCCUCAUGUUAGAUACAUCAAGACACUAUUUACCGAUUAAUGUUAUUAAGCAGAUAAUUGAAUCUAUGUCCUAUGCCAAACUUAAUGUUUUACAUUGGCACAUCGUAGACGAACAGUCAUUUCCUCUUGAAGCACCUUCAUAUCCGAACUUGUGGGAAGGUUCAUACUCAAAGUGGGAACGAUACACAGUUGAGGAUGCAUAUGAUAUUGUCAACUUUGCCAAAAUGAGAGGUAUAAAUGUGAUGGCAGAAGUGGAUGUCCCUGGUCAUGCAAAGUCAUGGGGUGUUGGAUAUCCAGAUGUUUGGCCGUCACCCUCGUGUAGUAGCCCACUCGAUAUUUCAAAGCAGUAUACCUUUGAUGUCCUUUCUGGCAUUUUGACAGAUAUGAGAAAAAUAUUCCCCUUUGAACUAUUUCACUUAGGUGGUGAUGAAGUGAAUACAGAUUGCUGGACCAAUACUUCUCGUGUGAAUACGUGGCUUCAGAAUCAGAACAUGACUGCUAAGGAUGCUUACGAACAUUUUGUACUGAAGGCCCAAGAUAUUGCUCUUUCGAAAAACUGGACUCCAGUGAACUGGGAAGAAACCUUCAAUGCAUUUCCCGCAAAGCUCCAUCCACAAACAGUAGUUCAUAACUGGUGGAGCUCUGGUGUUUGCCCGAAGGUUGUUGCAAAAGGCUUCAGGUGUAUUUUCAGUAACCAGCGUGUAUGGUAUCUUGACCAUUUAGAUGUACCUUGGGAUGUUGUAUAUAACACCGACCCACUAGAAGGAAUACAUGAAGCCUCUGAACAAAAACUUGUGCUCGGAGGAGAAGUUUGCAUGUGGGCUGAGGUAGCUGAUUCAUCAGAUAUUCAACAAACAAUAUGGCCUCGAGCUGCAGCAGCAGCAGAGCGUAUGUGGAGUCCGAGUCAAGAUACUACAACUGCAUUACCGCGACUACAAUACUUCAGAUGUCUGUUGAAUAGAAGAGGGGUUCCAGCUGCUCCUGUCACAAAUUUUUAUGCUAGAACUCCUCCUACCGGACCAGGUUCAUGCUUUGAGCAAUAAUUUAGCAUACUUGUAUAAAUAGGUCUAGACAGAUGUUAAAAGUAGCUCCUGUUUAUAUACUUUUCCUAGUAGUGGUUGAUGAAUUAUAGAGCUAUGGACAGUAAUAUUGUAAGUUAUUAUCCUAUUCAAUUCAAUAAGAAUUUUUGGCUUAGUUUAA